ACACCAUAGAUGCCACAUUGUUGAUUAUCAUUGUAGUAGCAGCUGUGAUAGUAUCUAUAGCUAUUGUGGUUUCUAUAACACUGUGUAUUGUGAGAUGUAACAAUGUGAGAAAUAGCUCCUCUGAAAGAACAGCAGAAGAGAAACAGGCAUACCAAUGUCGCAAUGAGAUGAGACAGUUGAUCUAUCAAGGUAACAACAGUGUACCUGUGAUGUCAGGUAAUCGAGGAGAGACAUCAGACAGAUAUGGUCAUUCGAGGAGCCAUUACUAUCCUGAAGACUGGAAGACAUCGACAAUGAACAGAAGUCUUCAAAAGUCUACAAAGAAAUACAGUCAACCCAUUGAGGUGACAUCUUAUGGAGACAAUAGACCAUCGUCUAACUAUCCCACUGACACAUUGACCAGUCGUAAGAGUAGUGGACAGUGCUGGAGUGAGCGGUCAAGUAGACAGUAUGAAGAAAUACCAGCAAUGUCAGGAAUCUAUGGUGGUGCCCCACCUGAUGUAUCAAGCACCAUUGAGAGAGACCAUUACCAAGACAGAUAUGUGAAACCUCCAGAGAGACAGUUACCUUCAACACCAGAUGUUGUUGUCAGUUAAGUCAGGUUACAAUUAUAGUUUCACUAAAAUCAAGCAAAUUCCAUUACAUUUUAAAUACCAAAAUACAAAAAUAAAUUUACAAAUACAAUUCACACAAAGAAUCUUGCAAACCAGAUACAAAAAUGAAAUCUGAAAUUCUUUCCUUGAAUCUCUUUUUCUGUUAAAACCUUUAAUUUUCACAAGUCCUAAGAAACAUUACAAAUAUAUUUGACAUAGUUUAUUUAAUUUGCCAUUUUCCUUUGAUAAUAUCUUCUUAAACUCACAUCUUGAAAUAUUGUAUGAAGGAUUUAUAGUUACAUGCAUUGACAUCAGCCAUAUUUUGUUAAUAUAACCUCUCUGUUCUCAGUAUUUCGAUGUCAGUCUCUCUCUACAUCAGACAUGUUGGUGUUAUAUAGACUUAUUAUGGCUGACUGUUAGUGGAGCUGAUAGUGUGUUGUCCCUCUCUCUCUUUCUCUCACUCACUCCCUCCCUUCCUCAUCUGUGUGAGGGGAAACAUCUAGUUUGCAUGAAGCUGGAGUAAGCAUCACUCAUCCUUCCCUCUCAUCCUCUCACUCAACCCAUGCACACACUCACACUAAACAUCACACAUCCGCAAAGGAAGACUGAGAGGAACUGCUGGUUCCCCACUGACUCACCACCAACACUAUUCCAUCAACAUGAAGCCAUUGUCACACCAUAGCAGCAGUGACACAGACAACCAUUAACAACAGAACACUGGGACCAAGUCACAAUUUAUACAACAAAGGAUUUUACACAAUGAAUUGAUAUGUUAAAGAUGUUGAGAAUUCUGUGGCUGGUGUCUUUAAUAAUUCAGUGCUAUCACUGUCUAAACCUCACUUACCGGGUGAAAGAAGAAAACAGCCCCAUUACAUAUAUAGGUUCUAUUGCAACUAAUAAACAAUUUUUGAACUCUUUCUCAUCAGAAGAACUGAAAGUAAUUACAUUUAAUCAACUCCAACAAAAGGAGGCUGAAUUAUUUAAUGUUACAACAACAGGGAAACUCUACACUCUUCAAACAAUUGAUGCUGAAUCCCUGUGCAGAUAUAACAAGGAGUGUUCGAAGGUUAUUAAAGUAGCUGUUCACAAACAGAAAACAUUUGUAAGAAUUUUAAAAGUCAAAAUAAUCAUAGACGACAUCAAUGACCACCAACCUGAGUUUCCCGACAAGGAAAUAACUUUGCACUUUAGAGAAGGAGAUGGUAAAGGGAUGAAAAAGUCCAUUCCAAAUGCCAUUGACAAAGACGUUGGUUUUAAAAACAGAUUAAUUCAUUACAAAUUAAGGCAAACUAAUCACUCGUUUUCUCUGGAAGUAUUCAAACAUGCUGAUGGUGUAUCAUACCUUCAGAUUGUUCUAGAAGAAAAGUUAGACAGAGAAGUAAAAGAAUCAUACAACGUAGAAGUUAUUGCAGAAGAUAGAGGGACUCCAGCCAAGCAGAGUGUGUUAAAUGUUAAGAUUAUAGUUGAUGAUGAAAAUGAUAAUCGGCCUGUUUUUGCAAAGAGAAUAUAUAAUGUAUCAGUAGCAAAAACACACAAAACCAACAUACCAGUUGUCAUAGUGUCAGCACAGGAUUCUGACAGGGGGGACAAUAGGAAAAUAUCCUAUCAUUUUAGUCCAAUGACAUCAGAAAUGGAUAGUACACAUUUCCAGUUGAAACCAGACACUGGGGAGAUAUUUUUAACAGAAACCUCAAGUCUACAAGAAAAAGUUAUUUAUGAGUUAUUUAUAGAGGCUAGAGAUGGUGGUAACCCUCCUCUGAGUUCCAUAGCAACUGUUAUGGUAAAUGUCAUCAACCAGCAGAACAAUGCUCCAAAUAUUGAUGUGAACUUUAUUUCUACACGGAAUCACAACACAGCUACCAUUCUGGAAGAUAUCAAAGUUGAAAUGGUAAAUUUUGAGUUAGUUCCCUUGAGCAAAUACAAAGUUGUAAGACCCAACAGAUAA